AUGAAUAUCAUUACUUUAAAUUGUUUGGUAGAAGGUGAUGACCCUUAUAUACAGUCUUUCAAUGUUGAAAUUGACAAGACCAAAACAGUUGGUGAACUUAAGCAAGUCAUCAAGAAUGAACAAGAGCCCUUUUUCGACAAUGUUGCAGCCAGAGACCUUGAGUUGUGGAAAGUUGACAUUUCUUUUGAUGAACCAAAUGAGAAGCUGAGUGUACUUAGAGACAAGACAUGUGCUGUGAUCAAAGAACAACUAGGAGGCGUGAAUAUGCACCCGAUUUUGAAAAUUGACAUGUAUUUUCCUGACAUACCAGAGAAAGGGCAUAUCCACAUAAUUGUUGGACACCCACCUGCUAUUAAGAGAGAAACCAAUGAUGAAGUUACUAUAAAGCUCAAUAAGAUUAAAGAUUUAAUCAAAGAGCAACAUAAAUCCGAAGUAGCAAUAUCAAGUGUUAACCGUAGUGAUUGGGAAAGGAUUCAAGAAUUUACUGGUCUUAAUAUUGAAGCAGCGAAUCUUGAUGUAGAGUAUGACACAGAGAAUGUUGUUGCUUACCAAUGGAAUGGUAGACAAGAAAAGGAACAAAAAGAUAUAUAUUUAUCUCAUCUCAGGAAUAUACUCAAAAUUUCCAGAUAUCACUUACUUGAACUUUAUGAUACAACCAAUGAUAAAAAUUUUCUUGGCAUUGCUGGUAUCUUGCCAAUAAGACUCUUUGGUACAACAGAUGCUGUUAUAGUAGACAGGCGUUCUAUUCCUGCCAGAAUCCCAGAACGUCAUAUCCAAAUUGUUUUUGACUUAAAGAAGAACAUUAUUAAGAGAGAUAUAUAUCAAGCUAUGGCAGAAUUAACUACAGCAGAUUUAAAAUCUAAAUAUGCUGUGUUAACAGUAUUAACUGACUUGGUAGAUGAUUGA